UAUCGUGCCAUAGACGCCUCUCUCUCUCUGCCCAGAGCGGCCGGCUUCCGCUUCCGGUCACGCUUUACUCCUUCUUCCACUUCCGCCGGAGCGAUGCGGCCGCUGACCGAGGAGGAGACCCGCGCGCUCUUCGAGAAGCUGGCUAGAUACAUCGGGGAGAACAUCCAGCUCCUGAUCGACCGGCCGGACGGGGCCUACUGCUUCCGCCUCCACAAGGACCGUGUCUAUUAUCUCAGUGAGAGGAUCUUGAAGCUUGCUACAAACAUCCCCCGCGAGAGCCUAGUUUCCUUGGGCACCUGCUUUGGAAAGUUUACCAAGACCCAGAAGUUUCGUCUCCACAUAACUGCCCUGGAUUAUCUUGCCCCUUAUGCCAAGUACAAAGUGUGGGUGAAGCCUGGCGCGGAACAAUCCUUCCUUUAUGGAAACCACAUCCUGAAAUCUGGCCUGGGGCGCAUCACAGAGAGCACAGCCCAGUACCAAGGAGUGGUGGUCUAUUCCAUGGCUGACGUCCCUCUGGGCUUUGGGGUGGCGGCCAAGUCAACCCAAGAGUGCCGGAAAAUGGACCCCAUGGCAAUUGUAGUGUUUCACCAAGCGGAUAUCGGGGAGUACAUAAGGCACGAAGAGACGCUGACUUAAACAAAGAGGAGCAGAGGACCCCAAAGACUUCUUGCUGCAUGAAAGAAUAACCUAUUUUGGACUUUCUGUCACCUUUUCUAUAUGGACUGGAUGGACUGGCUGUGAGCAAUGGAGAAAUAGCCAGCAAAGCUGCCUGUUUUGGAAUGGAUCAACCACAGUGACUGCAACUGUGCUUGCUGUGGGUGAACUAGGAAACUUUGGGAUGUAACCACAGGCCUAUGACCUCUGAGAAAUUUUAACUCUGUCCCAGUAAAGCUGUCAGAUUCUA